CUUAGAAAUCAAGAACACAGGAGCUGCGGCGGUGGCGGUGCAGGAGGCCGGGCAGGGGUGCGGAGGGACCGACGGACGCACGGGCGGGGGGCCGGGAGCCAUGGAGCGCGGCCCUGGGGCCCGGGGGCGCGGGCCGGGGUGGGCUUCCCACGGCACGACAUGGAGACCUGUGGUUGCGAGGCUCCCUGGGGCUCGGCUUGGACCGCGAUGGGGCUGGGCCCUGGCCUCCUAACGGGGCUGCUGUCUGGGACGGUAGCUGGGGGGGCGCUCUCCCCCCUGCCCGCGACUCGGAGCACCCCCACCCCUCCCCUGCCGCGCCAGGCCGGGCGGCGUUGUUGGAGGGGGCCCCGGUGGAGGCCCGGCCCAGGCGGCGCCCGCCAUGAACGGGCUGUCGCUGAGUGAGCUCUGCUGCCUCUUCUGCUGCCCGCCCUGCCCCGGCCGCAUCGCUGCCAAGCUCGCCUUCCUGCCGCCGGAAGCCACCUACUCCCUGGUGCCUGAGCCCGAGCCGGGGCCUCGUGGGGCCGGGACCGCCCCCUUGGGGACCCUGCGGGCCUCCUCGGGCGCACCCGGGCGCUGGAAGCUGCACCUGACGGAGCGUGCCGACUUCCAGUACAGCCACCGCGAGCUGGACACCAUCGAGGUCUUCCCCACCAAGAGCGCCCGCGGCAACCGCGUCUCCUGCAUGUAUGUUCGCUGCGUGCCUGGUGCCAGCUUCUACAUUGGCCUGGGCUCCCGCCUCCACUGCAACAUCUUCUCCUACGACUACUCCGGCUACGAUGCCAGCUCGGGCAGGCCUUCCGAGAGGAACCUCUAUGCCGACAUCGACGCUGCCUGGCAGGCCCUGCGCACCAGGUACGGCAUCAUCCUGUACGGGCAGAGCAUCGGCACGGUGCCCACCGUGGACCUGGCCUCGCGCUACGAGUGUGCCGCGGUGGUGCUGCACUCGCCGCUCACCUCGGGCAUGCGCGUCGCCUUCCGUGACACCAAGAAGACCUACUGCGUCGACGCCUUCCCUAACAUCGAGAAGGUGUCCAAGAUCACGUCGCCCGUGCUCAUCAUCCACGGCACGGAGGACGAGGUGAUCGACUUCUCGCACGGCCUGGCGCUCUACGAGCGCUGCCCCAAGGCGGUGGAGCCGCUGUGGGUGGAGGGCACCGGGCACAACGACAUCGAGCUCUACAGCCAGUACCUGGAGCGCCUGCGUCGCUUCAUCUCCCAGGAGCUGCCCAGCCAGCGCGCCUAGCGGCGGCCCCAACCGGCCGGACCUCAGCAAUAAGGCGGCCCCCGGACCUCACCCCGCGCCGGCCCCCCAGGGGCUGCAUGUGGACCCCCCGGGCGGCCCAGGGGACCCCGCCCCGACCCAGGGGCUGUGGACGAUGUACAGGCAACAGAGCUACGCACUCCUUUCCUUUUGGAAGCAAGAAUACGUGAAAACGGAAAUUAAAGAUUUAAAAUUAAAAAAAAAAAAAUCAAGAACACAAUAUCUGGACCCUUGAUUUGAGUCCACAAUCAAUGUCUUUCUAACUGGGAAAUUUUGGACAAAGUUUUAAACUUUCCUGAACAUAAAAUGCCUAGCUAGCAAUAACUUUAGAAAAUACUAGGAGUUUGUAAAGUUACAAGAAUCAAAUGAGUUAAUAAAUGUAAUGUAAAGUAAUAACUGGCACAAAAUAAUUAUAACAUAAUUCAUUAUUAUUUUUUAAUAUCUAAAUUCUCUAGCUUAUAGUUAUUUUGAACAGAUAAAUAUAUACAAUUAAAAUUUCUAA